AUGCCAACAGAAGCAAGAGGGAAAGAUGAGUUAAUUUGGAUUGGUGAUUUACAGUUCAAGCAGCAGUGCAAAAACUCAUAUUCAAGGAACAUACUCUUCAUUGGACCAAGUAUAUCUAGAAUGCUUUUAUCCACCCUAGUGUGGCUAGCAAUGUAUGGAAAAUUAUUCAAGCCUAUGUCUUUCAAUGAUAUAUGGAAGUAUGCUAAAAAUAAAAGUCCUUUGAUCAAGCAGGUAUGGCUUAUUUCAGCCUGUAUUAUACUCAAGGAAUUAUGGUUCCAGAAAAACAAGAAUUUUUUUGAAGAAAUCAAGCCUAACAUUCACAGCUUUAAGUGCAGAAUCAUGAAAUUAGUAAAUGAAGGGGGUUUGAGAAUAACAGGAAACAAAUGGAAUCAGAAUUAUGAUUUGAGUAUUAUUGCAGUAUUUAACCUGGGUCUUAGGAAUUCAAAAUUUCAAGAAAUCAGGGAAUGUCAGUGGCUCCCUCCAGAUUUUGGUUUCACAAUGUUCUGCUGUGAUGGCUCUUCUUUAGAAAAUCCUGGUGCUGCAGGAUUUGGAGUUGUAGUCAGAGAACACUAUUGUCAAGUACUUGGUACUCUCACUAGAGGAAUUGGUAUUGCUUCUAACUACAAAGCACAAGUUUAUGCAAUUAUUUGUGCAAUGGAAUUGGCAACAAAGUGGUGUAAAGAAAAGAUUAUAAUUGUCUCAGACACCCAAACAGUGGUAAAUGAAUUUGUUCAUGGAUAA